GUAGAGGUUCGGUUGAGAGGAAAGGGGGUGGGAGAUCGGCUUAAGAUGGCGGCGUCGCUCAGUUGCAUGUGUCGCCGCUCAACCCUGGACCUCUGUGGGAAAAUUCUACGCUGCCGGCCCGCCACCAAUCGCAAAAGGUCCGCGUUGAAAAGUUGUGAGGUAAAGCUUGGCUCGUCCCCGGCGUGUCGGACCCUGUCGGUCGAGAAAGGCCGCGGGCCGAGCGGCGCCGGGGCGGGAGGCCUGGCCCAUGCCAUCCUGCAGGAGAAGCUUCAACAGCAGGAACGGGCCAAAGAGGAGGCCGGCAGCGGGGAGCCAGGGGCUGGCGGCAGCGACGCGGGCACCGAGCAGGAGCAGAAACAGAAACAAAACGCGGCCUACGCCAAGAAAAUGGUGCUGAGACUGGCGGGACUGCUGGGGGCUGGCAGCGCAUUCGCCGUGGUCUACGUCUUCGGUAGUAAUUCAGUAGAUGAAGCUGGAAACAAGAUUCCAGAUGAAUUUGAUAAUGAUCCUCCUAUCGUACAGCAAUUGCGAAGAACAUAUCGCUACUUCAAAGAUUACAGGCAGAUGAUAAUUGAGCCCACCAGUCAGAAGUUGUUGCCAGACCCCCUUAAAGAGCCAUAUUACCAGCCACCGUAUACUGUUGUGUUAGAGCUAACAGAUGUGCUUUUGCACCCAGAGUGGUCGUUAGUCACAGGUUGGAGAUUUAAGAAAAGGCCAGGAAUAGACUACCUUUUCCAGCAGUUGGCACCAUUGUAUGAAAUUGUUAUCUUCACCACCGAAACGGGCAUGACGGCAUAUCCACUUAUUGACAGCGUAGAUCCACAUGGAUUCAUAAUGUAUCGUUUGUUCAGGGAUGCCACACGGUAUAUGGAAGGUCACCAUGUCAAGGACGUAUCGUGUUUGAACAGGGAUCCUUCCAAAGUUAUUAUUGUGGACUGUAAAAAAGAAGCUUUCAGCCUCCAGCCCUUCAAUGGUAUUGCACUAAAGAAAUGGGAUGGAAAUUCUGAUGACCGAACCCUGUAUGAACUUGCAGCAUUCCUGAAAACAAUUGCAAUGAAUGGAGUUGAAGAUAUCAGAACUGUCCUGGAGAACUAUGCUCUCGAAGAUGAUCCAAUUGAAGCAUUUAAGAAGAGACAAGAACUGUUAGCACAGGAAGAACAGCAGAGAAUAACUGAUCGAUCGCAGCAGAAAUCUUCUGGCCUCUCCUUGGGAUCUUUGACAAGCAAACUAUGGCAACGGUCCAAACCACAGUAACACACACCUUACCUCCAGUCCUACCCUCCUACUGUAUUACCUAGAAAAGUCAGACCUACCUAUUGCUCCAAGCUGGAGUAGGCAUGGCUGUAUUCACCAUAAGGUUCUGCAUAUGGUGAAAACUGUUACCAGAGAGAUUCUGGUUAAUUUUCAUACUGUGCUAGCCCUUUGGCUGAUAGGGUUAGACAUGUGUGACCACGCAGAGGUGGAAUAUUGAUCAUUAUAUCCCAUCACAAGUCCUGAUAUUGGCAGCCAUUUUAAAUGUACUGGCUUGAUUUGAAUACUAAGGCAAAGUCGUAUUUGAUCCACUGAUAUUAGUUUGUGUGUUAGUUAAUUGGAAGAAUAGAUUAUUUUUUAAACUGCAGUCUUUACAAGCCUGCAAUUAAACUGUGAUUACACUUGGGGUGGGGAGAGUCCAAUUGUCUUAUCAUUGUGAAUAGUGCUAUUAAAUGUACCAACUAUUAAAACUGCACACAGAUUUUUAGACAGUGCCUGUAAAAUGGUGCCUACCAGAAUAUAGUGUAUCUUUCCUUUUACAAUCAAUACAAUUUCAUGCCUUUAACAUUCUGUAAAUGAUGUGCAUAAGAAACGAUGUAGGUCAGCGAGGAGUUUAAUAAAAUUAUGAAGACAAGCAGCAAGCUAUAUAAAAUUCUACAUAAAUGUCAUAACAGUUAAAACCAGCAAUGACGUAUCUUUGGAAUCUGUUCGCUGUUCUUAAUUAUAGUUUAUUUUGGACAGUCCCAAGUUUGCUGUGUUAAAAUUGUUAGAGCAUGAGUGGGCUAUGCUUUUAUUUUACUUAACAAUGGGCCCAUAUGUGUUGCAUGAGCAAUUUGAAAGUUAUCAAUUAAUUUUCAAAGGUAUAAAUUUAAAAGUUUUUUUUAAAUUUCUUGGAUUUCUCGCAAAUCAUGCAACCCUACUUAACAUUUAAUUCCUUUCUUACUCCCUUUUCAGAAUUGCAAAUAUUGUAUACCCCUAAUCCCCAAUGAAGAGAUCAGACAGGUGGCCUCUUUAAGAUUCUGAAAGCACAAUCCAUAUGUACACUGGUCAAAGAGGCUUGUUGGAAGAUUUAAACAAGUGUUUUGGAGUGGUCAGGAGGAAAGGGUGAGCUUAAUUGAAGAAUUUCUUGUGUUUCUUUAAAAAUAUUUUAAAGAUUACAUGCAGGGAAGCUAUUUCCUCUGGUGGAUAUAUUCAGAAGAGAGGGGGCAUAAUUUUAAAAUUGCAGCCACAUGAUUCAUAAGUGGAAAUAUUGUUUAUACAUACCCACAAACACAUGUUAACAGAACCCAGUUCUGGAACCCAGUUUUCUCACAAGGCUGUGGGUUCUUAGAGUCAGAAAGGAGUUGGGUUUUGUUGAGCCCUGAGGAUAUGGAUUCACAGGUAAAUACAGAUCGGUGGUCUAAUUAAAUAGUGGAGCUAGCCCAAAAGCCUGAACUCCUGAUCUUUAUAAUGUGUGAUGUUUUAUUAAAUUUCUGCUUGAACCUAACUGAAGUUGUAACCAAGGUUGAAUUAUUUUUGUUUUGAAGGGAAAGUAAAAUUCAUAUUACUCAGAGGGAAAGAAAAGCUUCUAAUAGGUAAGAGAGGAGAGAAAUAAAAUCCAUUACAAUUGAAAUUCCUUUGCACAAUUACAGAGAUUGUAUGUGGUUCCUAAAGCUUUUGAACUGGUCUGUAAAUGUCAUUGUAACCAGUGGGUCUUUUAAACUAUCCAUUAAUUACCAGGAUGUCUGGGGUCAUGCACCACUUUCACUCGUCACUCCCUCUGACAGUUGAAAUUGUAACCACAUAAUUGGGAUCUGACAAAGUGUAAAUUAGAAUAAUGCCAACAAUGCUGUACCACUACUUCUCAUUUUAAUACUCCACACAAGCCUCUUCCUAUCUGUGUUCAUCUCACCCUAGUACUUGAAUUUCUUUCUACCUUCUGUACUACUUCAUCUUCCAUUUCGAUGCAACUUGGCAAUUUUCCUCUGCCAUUGUGUUUGGUAGCAAGUUUCAUAUGUUCAAAGAUUAGUCCCCCAGCCUUUUAAUAAGGAGCAGUCAGAAGAUGUAUCAUUGGGUCAUCUAAAAUGUACCAUACCAAUUCCUGGCCAUUUUUUUUCUCUUGAACAUCUCUGCUGUAGAAUCUCACCGCUCCAGUCGAGGUCCACUACUUUGUAUGAUUAGUCAGUCCUCAUCUGUCAAUUAGACAGUAAGUGUUGGCAGGCUCAGAGACUCUUGUCGAUCAUGUUCCUUCCUAUAGUCCUUUAGGUGUUCACUAAAGCGUAUUCAAGUCCAGUUUACUUUGCUAAAUUGUUUUUUUUUUAAUACGCUUGACUAUACAGUUGAAUUGUAGUACUGCUGUGCCUGAGGUCCAUAGCCCAGUAGGGAUUAAGGUCAGGACUUUCCAAGUCUGUAUAUCUCUGAACCAUUCACGUUGGGCUGCUAAUCAUUCUGUCACAGCACUAAUUAUGUUAUGUAAUGGGGGAAUUUUUUUCCCUUCUCUUCCAGGAUUACUGGCUUAUGUUGCUUAGUACUGUCAGUUGUGUGGUACGCAAAUACCAAAUCAAACCAGUUUGGAAUAUUUCUUGCUAUAAUUUUAAUAUAGAGAUACAAAAAAAAAUAGUUGUCACAGGAGCCUAGAGUAGGAGUGUCAGAGAGUUUUCCCUUCAAAGUGUGUAAUUUUGGAGGCACCUUAGAAAAUUGAAUCUCUUUUAAAAACUUUUAGGGACACAUCUGAAGUUAUUGCUACCAAUAAGUCUUGGAAUUCUGAUUUAGACUUUAUCACCAGUGAGACCAGAGUAUUCAGGAGCAUCCUUCUCCAAAUACACAAAGCCAUGUCAGUCAAGCCAGACCCAAUAAUAGGGCUGGGUUGUCCGAGAUUUUUAUUGGCCAUUUGGUCGUGGAAGGCAUGCUUUGCUUCAAUCAUUUUAACUAUUUGUUUGACUUGGACUGAAGCAUGAUCAUGUCCUCAUCCUGUGGUUCUCGCAGGAUAGUGAUCAGAUUGGCUUUCUUCAGUAGCCAAAAGAUUCUGAAGCAGGUUAUCACCCCAAUGUCUAUUGUGGCUGCAAUGAGUUAAAUCAAUUCUUAGUUGGGAGUGGUGGGAUAAAGGCAAGCAUAUGAGUCUCCCACUGGAAGGUGAAACUAAAAGAAUCAGGCAAGUGGGCUUUAUUUCAAUGCUUGUUUUGUCUGUGUCAUUUAUGCCACCUUUCUAAUCUGGUGAUCUUGCUAUCCUGUACCACUCAGGCAUUUGGUUUAUGAUGUGAACUGUUUUUAGGAAGACAAACCAAGUGUGAAAUUAAGCCAGUUUUCAAAUAUGAAGUUAUUUGUGUUUCUGAGGAACAGUAUAACUUUUGGGGGUUUCAAUGCUGUAACAUGAUUUCUUCCAUUUCUUAUAAAUUUGUCAGCACUCAA